CACUUCAGCUCCCUCUUCCUUCAACCUCAUUCUCCUCCUCUCGUCGGACAAGCCAACUCCUACUAAUAAAGUUAAGGGUAACCCUAGAGGCUAGAGCCGCCGGCUUCCGUCUCCCGCCGCCGCCACUGCAGCAAAGGAUGCCGAAAUCUAAGCGCAACCGCCCAGUGACCUUAUCAAAGACCAAGAAGAAGCCAGGUUCAGAGCGCAAGGGCAAAGUAGUAGAUGACAUAAAAAAGGCCGUCGACCAAUACAGCAGCGCCUAUGUUUUUACCUACGAUAACAUGAGGAAUCAGAAGCUCAAGGACCUCAGGGAGCAGCUCAAAUCAUCUAGCAGGAUAUUUCUUGCUGGAAAGAAGGUUAUGCAGAUAGCGUUGGGGCGUUCACCUGCCGAUGAAGCUAAAACAGGCCUCCACAAACUUUCCAAGUUCCUUCAAGGUGACUCUGGUCUCUUCUUUACCAAUCUUCCAAGGGAUGAAGUUGAGAGGCUGUUUCGAGAAUUUGAGGAGCAUGAUUUUGCAAGGACAGGAAGCACUGCCACAGAAACGGUGGAGCUUAAGGAAGGCCCUCUGGAACAGUUUACACAUGAAAUGGAACCUUUUCUACGCAAGCAAGGACUGCCAGUUCGCCUGAACAGAGGUGUUGUAGAGUUAGUUGCAGAUCAUGUAGUGUGUGAGGAAGGAAAACCCCUUUCACCAGAAGCAGCACAGACUCUGCGCUUGCUUGGGAUACAGAUGGCAACAUUCCGGCUAUACCUUGUGUGCCGCUGGUCUUGUGAUGACUUUGAAGUGUACAAAGAAGGCUUGGCUCAUCUAGGAGCUGAUGAUGAUUCCUGUUAAGAUCCUUAUGUUCCCCUAUGUAAGGGCGCACUUGCUGUCUUGUGUUGGGACAGUUUUUGGUAUUGUGUGCGGCCAUGUACCCCGGAGUGUUGGAAAUUUGAAAGAUGCGGUGAAAAUUUUCUUGUGUGUUUCUUUCUUUCAGUCCCAUCUACUGCAGUGUUGGAGGGUGUAAGCUGAUUGGUAUAUCAUAUGAACAAGAUGGUUGAGGGGUGGAUCAGAUCUGCAGUCAUUUUUGAGAAUCAACGAGUCUUUCAAUUUCUGAA